AUUCCCAAGUCUUACAUGUACUGGAGCACAAACGCGCUUACACGCACCCAUAUUACCCCCAGACGCAUCGCUCCUUAUGACAUCAACUGAUAAUGCAAUUGACCAAUCAUUGGGUAGAUGAUGGCAGGAAACGUGAUAAUUAUAUUUCACCCAUCAAAGUAAGAUCGGGUGCGUGGGGAAAAAAAUAGGGGGACGCCACACAUGAAUGCGCUUUUAAGAAGAUAUGUUGAGCCAGUCUAGAGGGAGUAUUUCUGGCAUUAACUGCAGCAUCCGCGUCUCUGAUAGCAGCAUCAAUUCACCAGCACUGACUGGCGGAAUACUGAUGGUCUUGUUCUGAGUUAAGGACGAAGCCAGUCCGGUGUGGGUGUGAGGCUGUCAUCUCGCUGCAAAUUAAGAAAAAAAUACUUCCCAGCACUGCCCACUGUCUAGUGUCUAGCUCAGAACUUGAGCAUGCAUAUGAUUUAUAUGAGAGUUCACAAAUGCAUUGCGUAUUUGAAGUUGGAAUUUGGUGGAUGUAAACGUAUUCUUAGCCUGGUGAUUUGUGGUCACUAUUGCCCAUCAUCUUAAACGCGCAUUUUGAGUUGCUGAGGAGCGCGCGCCGAGGAUCAUCACCAGGUGGAUAUUCGUUCCCUCUUGUGAGAUAUCAGUGAAUUGGCUGUACUGGGGAGUCUCUGAGAUGUGUAUAGAGCCAGAGCGCAGAGAGAGGAGUCGAUGAUUGCUGUGGAUGAAAACUGACAGGUGUAGCUUGUGGAACAAACGGCUCUCGAUAUGCGAUGAGAAGUCGGGACACGAAACCUUUGGAACUAUAAGAAUACUAUAGCGUAUGCUAUGUAAUUUUGCAUUUGAUUGAAGAGUCACAGAUCAAGGAAGGAUGUUUUCGUGGUGAACAAGGCUUUAACACAUCUAUGUGGUCUUUAUAGGCUCCUUCUAUAAGAAGACCUGCUGGAUGUCCCACCUGACGCGCAGUAGUAGUUCCUACAUCAAACAUACAGUAGCCUAUGAAAAUCGAUAGAGGAAUCUAUCAGAAGACAAAGAUAAACCUGACGACUGUAUCUUUCUUCGACUCCUCCACCUGACGAAUUCAUAUGCUAGCAUCUCCGAGAUCCAAUCCAACGACAAUCAAUACGGAGGCAAAGAGAAAUAAGAAUAUUGAAACCCGCACUGGGUUGUGCGUUGAAAUCUAAUCAGAUUCCUGGGGGGUUGCAGAGUAGCAAGGGACUGAAGAGGGACAAAAAAGUUCUAGCUAAAAGUGUGACACCGGAAUGACAACCAUCAGCCACUUCAUGUUUGCUCAAUAUGUGGAUGAGCCGUAGAUUAUGACGAGGUUUCAGGAUGGUAUCAAUCUGCGGGUCCACGGCUGCGUGAGACUGUGUCGUUAGUAGUCUGGCUCUGAAGAGGUUGGUUGUUUGUUUUAUUGAAAAUUAAAACAUGAAGGAUGGAUCUGGGAAGAGUUCAGAUUUCUCAUAAAUUCCUCACUGGUAAACGAAAUGGCACCGGACUGUGACACAUAUAGCAUUGUUGCCUUGUUAACCGCACAGCGGGUAUCGCUCUGCAUUUAACCAUUAGUUUCAACGGUGGCACUUGUGGGUGCCUUCGUAUAUUUGCAUCUUGAUACAUUUGAAUGGGGGAUGGAUAAAUUGACUCUAUCGUCGUUGUGCAAGUCCUAACAAUCAACCGAUUGAUACUAAUUGAUGGAUUAAACGCUACAUCGUUUACAAUGUGGGGACCGGAUAAACUGUGUGAAAGUAUCACCACGGAGUCUGACAAAUUGCUUGAGAAUUGCGGAUGUAGCCUAUUUUCGAUGCAGUUUUCGAGGGCAAGGAGCUGAAGAGGGAACUGUCGUUGUUUGAAUCAGAUCUGCUAACAUCAGCAUCUUUGGUGACAAGGUGAGCCAGCAGCCGAAAACGAGCAAACUUGAGGAUGGGGAGAAACCAGAGGGAUUGCGAAUGAGUUGGCAGCUUAUGCCUCCCCAUACCAUAACCACAUGGCCACCAUGGAGCAAUCUGUUCAUACCGUUGACAUCAGCAAACCGCUCGCAAUGCCAUAGACUCUGUCUGCCAUCUGCCCGGUACAGUUGAAAAUGGGAUUCAUCCGUGAAGAGCAAACUUCUACAGCGAACCAUUGACCAUCGAAGCCAACUCCAACACCGCCUCUUCCCAAAAAGUGGACGACCCAGCCAAUGAAUUAUGAAUGUUGAACAAGAUGACCUCUUCUCGGCAGCAGCAGACGAUGAGAGGUCCUAGGUGGAACCGGGCCCUGUCCGACCCUUUGUUUUUGCUGCUCCUAGCCCUCCAGCUCCUGGCGGUGGCGGGCCUGGUGCGUGCUCAGACCUGCCCCUCUGUCUGCUCCUGCAGCAACCAGUUCAGCAAGGUGAUCUGCACGCGGCGGGGGCUCCGUGAGGUCCCCGACGGCAUCUCCACCAACACACGCUACCUGAACCUGCAGGAGAACCUCAUCCAGGUGAUCAAGGUGGACAGCUUCAAGCACCUUCGGCACCUGGAGAUCCUGCAGCUGAGCAAAAACCACAUCCGAAACAUUGAGAUUGGGGCCUUCAACGGCCUGGCCAGUCUCAACACCCUGGAGUUGUUUGACAACCGCCUCACCACAAUCCCCAAUGGGGCCUUUGAGUACCUCUCCAAGCUCAAGGAGCUGUGGCUGAGGAACAACCCCAUCGAGAGCAUUCCCUCGUAUGCGUUCAACAGGGUGCCCUCGCUACGGAGGCUGGAUUUAGGGGAACUCAAACGCCUCUCGUAUAUCUCAGAGGGGGCUUUCGAGGGCCUCGGCAACCUGCGCUACCUGAACCUGGGCAUGUGCAAUCUGAAAGAGAUCCCCAACCUCAUCCCACUGGUCAAGCUGGACGAGCUAGAGAUGUCAGGGAACCAGCUGACGGUCAUCAGACCUGGGUCCUUCAAAGGGUUGAUCCACCUGCAGAAGCUGUGGAUGAUGCAUGCCCAGAUCAAAACCAUUGAAAGGAACUCCUUUGAUGACCUGCAGUCGCUGGUGGAGCUCAACCUGGCCCACAACAACCUCACCCUGCUGCCCCACGAUCUCUUCACCCCCCUGCACCACCUGGAGAGAGUCCACCUCCAUCACAACCCCUGGAACUGCAACUGUGACAUCCUGUGGCUCAGCUGGUGGCUCAAAGAGAUGGUGCCGGCCAACACCAGCUGCUGCGCCCGCUGCAGUUCCCCAGCCAGCCACAAGGGACGCUACAUAGGUGAGCUGGACCAGAACUAUUUCCACUGUUACGCACCUGUUAUUGUGGAGCCACCAGCGGACCUGAACGUGACGGAGGGUAUGGCUGCAGAGCUGAAGUGCAGGGCCAGCUCUCUGACCUCAGUCAGUUGGAUUACGCCCAAUGGCUCCAUCAUGACCCACGGUGCGUACAAGAUCCGCAUUUCUGUGCUCAACGAUGGUACGCUCAACUUCACCAAUGUCACCAUGCAGGACACGGGAACCUACACCUGCAUGGUAAGCAACUCAGCAGGCAAUACCACAGCAUCUGCCACUCUAAACGUGUCUUCCACAGAGAACGUCCUCAGCUACUUUACCACAGUAACAGUGGAGACCAUCGAGCCAGUGCACGACGAGGGGCGCUCCACCGUGUGGCAGAAGGUGGGCCCCACCCCCUCAGCCGGAUCCUGGGAGACUGUGUCGUCCACCUCCACCACCACCACAACGGCCCGGACGCCCCUCUCCACCCGGGCCACAGAGAAGACCUUUACCAUCCCUGUCACGGACCUGAGCGACAGCUCCAUGACCGGCCUGGAUGAGGUGAUGAAGACCACCAAAAUCAUCAUCGGCUGCUUCGUGGCCAUCACACUCAUGGCCGCCGUUAUGCUAAUCAUCUUCUACAAGAUGAGGAAGCAGCACCACCAGCAGAACCACCAUGCGCCACAGCGCACCAUCGAGAUCAUCAACGUAGACGAGGACUGUGUGACAGGCGGGCCGGCCAUGGAGGGCCACCUAACUCUGCCCCCGCUGGAGCACGAGCACCUGAACCACUACAACACCUAUAAGUCUGCGUACAACCACGUCUCCACUAUCAACUCCAUACACAGCUCGGCGCACGAACCUUUGUUAAUCCGGGCCAGUUCGAAAGACAAUGUACAAGAGACCCAGAUCUAACAAUUUUUUCAUAAUGAGACAAACUGAUGAAAUUACAAAAGGGACAUUAGUUAUGAGGACUAUGGAUUUGAAGUGGAGGACUUGACUGACUGUGUGUCCAGCGAAUCAGUGGUUGAUGAUGUUUAUUCAAUGGCUUUGGAAACUAGGGUAUGUCUAAUGUUUCAAAAAAUGUCUUUACAAAAAAGAACUUAUUUAUUUAAGAAAAAAUCUAUUGUGGCUAAAUCAAGAAAAAACUGUAUUCUGCAAAUAUUUUUUCAGAACUUAUUUCAUCAGAUGUUUAGUUUUCUUCAUUUGAGGGAGGAUGGUUUACUAAUAUGCUUACAAACUCUAUGUGAAUCUCAAGCUAACCAUAGAUCCUCAAGACAAGAUAGCUCAUGUUCUGGUUUCCCCCAAUCUGUAAGUGAUGGCAAGUUGGCAACCUGUUUUACUCAACAUACUUAGAUAAAUUCUAGAUCACAUCAGAGAUUUCCUCCUGCCACAAACUAAUUGAUUAAAUAUUUUGUGACAAUCUGUUCAUUUAGAUGGAUUUUAAACGUUAUCUGAAUGAAUGCUGGGACUGUCAGCGAUGAAAUCUGAUAACACAAUAUUUCAUUAAAUCUGCCACUCAAAUGUAUUAGAUACAGAUGUACCCUUGGCUUUGCCAUCAAUAGAUUAGGGACGUUAAACGAGAGAAGUGUGUUCCAAACUAUACCAUGGCCAACUGUUAGCAACAAGUGAUUCAUAGUUGUCCCACUGUGUUUAUUACGCCAGAAAAUCACGAGUCUCAUUUACACGUUGUGUAUUCAUACCAUUUGUGAUUCCUUCUCUAUUCCACUUGCUCUGAUCCAUCAUAACUUUGUGAGUCAUGGAGAUCGCAUUGGUAAAUACUGUCAGGCAUAUGAGAGCUCCCCGAAUGUCAUACCGCCAAUUCCCAUCCCACACCAGCUGUUAUGAUGGUUUACCAUAUAAACACAGAUAUGGGUGCUGUUCCAGAUAAUUUUACCUGCAAUCUCAUUGCAAAUCUCUGAAAAUUGUUAUAUGAUAUUAAUGUGGUUCCUGACACAAAUACUUUUACAGGUGUUAAGAGAUAUACUGAUUUGUGUGACUUGAUUUAAAAAACAGAGCCCUGGAACACCACCAAGGAUACUGAUGACUCUCCUUUAUUAACUCUCAAUGACCCCUGACUUCAACCAGGGCAGCAAGGAGCAGACUGGUGAGUGGGAACGGGGGCUAAGGACACCGAACACAGCUGUCCUAGAACAUUGCCUAUCGUCUAUUGUCUGUUCAAACAUUGGGCACAUAGGCACGACAGGCCCAGAUUCACACCGUGCCCCUGCCAAGCGCAGGACGAGGCCUAGAGGACAGAGUGCCAUGGUUCAUGCAGAGAGAGAGGGUUUAGGGAUGAGGUGUGUGGCUCCGAGCAGAUGUUCAGGUCACACCUGCAUCCCUCUGCCUCGACCAUGGCACCAUUUCUAUUUUAAAUCGACAUACCCUCGGGGAUUUGGGUGGACAGUGCUUCACAGGCACCCGCUACCUGGAAAAAACGUUCAUAAUGUCCCACAGUAUAAAAUGGUGCCAUAAAUAAAGAGGCCAAGCAAAUACCCUCCACAUUCAAGGCUUAGCCACAUACCCCAGGAGUCUUUUUAUAGAUUGUGCAUCAAUCUAAGUUACAAAACAAAACAAAUCCCAAUCAAAAUCCAUCAGUUUAAGCUAGAGAUAUCAGUUUUUUGUGUCUGAAGCGUCCGAACGGUUUGACUAAUUUAACCACUCUAUGGAAAGUGGAUACCCCAACAAAUGUCACGGGACUCAUCUGAAGGUAACCGGUUUAAAAAAGAAAUUGAAGUAAUAAGGUAGUUUUGUGCCUACCCAAAAAAGGGGUUCAAUAUGUGUAAAAACAAAUAUAUAUAUACAGUACAUAUAUUUCCUGAGUUAAAAAAAAUAUCAACUAGAUUUAGGACAUACACUUUAUUUUUUGACUGUCCUUUUUACCAUUUAUGAAUGUGUUAUUCAAUGCGUUUCUAUAGGCUUAGUGGUAAAGGCCAAAAUCAAUAUUUUAUCAAAUCGUGCUUUUAUAUAUUUUUUUGCUACCUAAAGUGGUCCUAAAAUUCUAAAUCAAAUAGCUAAAUGCUCCAUAGUAUGACCAUCUUAAAACAAUUCAAUUUGUCAGCUUAGCACCCCCCCUGCUUUUCUUUUUGGUCUCCACUCCCUCCAUAAUGUCAAACAUCUAAGAAAGGUUAUGCAACAGUCCUUUUUCCUUUUCGGGUCCAUUUUGUUUCUGAGAAAUAAAUGAUUGUGUUCUAUUUGAAAUUCUCCAGAAGAAUGAGGGUACACAGAUGUCAUCUAGUUAUUUUCUGGGAGGAAGCACUAUUAAUGAUAUGAUGUCAAAUACAGGAGUGGGCUGAUUCAGUCACCAUGGAAACCAUGACCUUAAGCAGAAAGGCAUGCGCUAUCAGAGCUCCCAUUGGCUAGCUAGAUGCUUUAACAUUAUUCAGAGUCAAUUGAAAAUGGUAUGUCCGUGGAUAGUGUUAAUUAAAAUGCACCUCAACUAUGAAACAAUAUGCUUACAGUGAUGCAGUAGCAUUUCAUCCCCUUGCACUUGACCAGUGUUUAGUAUUAAACAGCAGGGUAUGGAGGUUUUCACAGAUUAUAAUGAUAUGUAGCGUCUCCCGUGUUACUUUUCCACUUAAACCCAGACAGUAAAGGAUGCAAAAUCGAAUCGAAGAAUAGACAAAUGCUGCAAUCAGUUUUAAAAGUCACUUCUACUGUAUACUUGGACAGAAAGACUAAAUCCUCAAAGAUGAAUGAAUAACUUAUUUUAAUGUCAUGUGGCAUGUUUUGACCUAAUUAUAAUUCAGGUAACUCCAUCUUACAUGAGCUUCUUCAACACAGUUUUAGUCAACAUGAAACAAACAUGUUCAUCAGUGUGGCAUCCCUGCCAAUACAAUAACUAAAGAUGUUUACAUGGAGUUUAGCACAGACGUAAACCAUCUCUGUUGUGUGAGUCAUUGACUAUGUGUUUGGGGUGAUCAUGGUGGGAUCUGGAUCUCAAAUUUUUAAGUAAGAGAGUUUGUCCAUCAUCCCUUCUCUUUCCUUUGGUUGGUAAAUCAUUUGGACAUUUUUAUGGUGCAUUUAUUGCAAUUUAGUAAAUCUAUCUAAUUCUUUAUGUAUUGUAUCUCAAUGUUUUGGUUGGGGGGAGGGACAAGAUGCUUUUAGUUCAACAUUAUUUUCUCUGAGAGGAAAUACUGUUCUAGUGGUAGAUUUCUAAAAAAAAACAUUUUUAAAUUAAAAAUUAAAAAUAAAAACGUUUUAAAUUUAAAUUUUACAUGUGCCAACAACCUGUUUAUUAAAGUGAAAAAUAGAAACAUGCUGUAAAAUAGUAAGACAUUGAUUUUCAUGUUAGCAUACUUCAUGACCUUAAAAAAAUAUAUGAAGAUCGAUGAUAGACCAGGAGUUUGUAGUUCAUACAUAAAAAUACGUUACAAAUAAACUAUUGUUCUUUUUUA